AUGAAGGUACUUGAGACAAGAGAUGCAUUUUUAAGUGAUUACGAAGUACUACAAUUUUUAUCAAAAUUGGAAAGAAAACAUAAUUGGAUAGAAGAUACCAACGAUGAAAAUAACAGAAAGAAACACAAAAAAAACCAUAGAUACAACCACCCAGAGUUAGAGUUCAUAACUAAAAACACAUUAUCCUAUUUGUCAAUAGACAAGAACUAUCUUCCGCAAGAAGAAGAGCAAGAAGAACAAGACAAAGAUGCAUUAAAAACAUCACCAUUAAAUCGAAUGAAUGAUGAACGUUUCACAGAACUAGUCAAUCAAUUAAACGGUUUCGAAUUGUUCAAAGCAGAAAAAUUACAAAUAGUUAAUCAGUUACCGACUAAUAUGGUCCAUCUAUAUGCAAUAGUAGAAGAAUGUGACUCUAGAUUCACAGAAUUUCAGGUCGAAAAACUCUUAUCAAUUAUAAAAGAAUAUAUAUAA